CAGAGUUAAGAAUCAACCCACCAACUCACUCACACUCCACACUCUGCCUCUAUUUCUUUUCAUCAACACACACUCAUGGAUUAUUAUUAUCACCUUCCUCUUCUGCUGCUGUGGACCUGCGGCUUCCUGCCAGAUCUUCAGCUCUGCUUCAACUUCGACACGAAGAACUUCAAGAUCUUCUCCGGGUCCAAAGAAAACCAGUUUGGUUACACGGUCCAACAGCACGAGGUGGGAGAACGCCAGUGGUUGCUGGUUGGAGCUCCCUUUGAAUCCACAGGGAAGCAGCAGACUGGUGAUGUGUUCAAAUGUCCGCUGGACACCAGGAAGUCGGCAAACUGCACUCGACUCUACCUGGGGGAACUUUCUCUGGACAACGUAUCGGAGAGGAAAGACAAGAUGAGGCUGGGGAUGACGCUGACCUCCAACCCAAAGGACAACAGCUUUGUGACCUGCGGUCCGCUCUGGUCUCAUGAAUGUGGAAGCUCCCUGUACAGCACAGGAAUCUGCUCCAGAGUCACCCGCAACUUUAAACUGUCCCACUCCAUCACACCGGCCCUGCAGAGGUGUGAGACGUUCAUAGACAUCGUGAUCGUUCUGGACGGUUCUAACUCCAUCUAUCCGUGGUACGAGGUACAGGACUUCCUCAUCACCAUGCUGCAGAAGUUCUACAUCGGCCCAGGUCAGACGCAGGUGGGUGUGGUUCAGUACGGCUCCACGGUGGUCCACGAGUUCAGUCUGGCUGAGUACCAGACGGUGGAGGAGGUGGUUGAGGCCGCCCGGAGCAUCGACCAGCGGGGCGGCGAGGAGACCAGGACGGCACUGGGCAUCAACGUGGCGCGGUCGGAGGCAUUUAAGCGCGGCGGCCGUCCCGGCGCCCAGAAGGUGAUGAUCGUGAUCACAGACGGAGAAUCUCACGACAGUCCACAGCUGGUGCAGGCCGUCGCCGACAGCGAGAGAGACAACGUCACCAUGUACGCCAUCGCUGUUCUGGGUUAUUACAACCGUCGGGGAAUCAACCCUGAAGCCUUUCUGAAGGAGAUAAAGUUCAUUGCGAGCGACCCGGAUGAAAAGCACUUCUUCAACGUGACCGACGAGUCAGCGCUGAAGGACAUCGUGGACGCGCUGGGAGAGAGGAUCUUCUCUCUGGAAGGAACCAGCAGUCAGGGUCGAAGGUUCGGUCUGCAGAUGGCUCAGGCUGGUUUCUCCUCACAUUUAGUCAAAGACGGUAUUCUGCUCGGGGCGCCGGGCGCCUACGACUGGAACGGCGCCGUGCUGAAAGAAACCAAACAUGGGAAAGUGGUUCCACCAAAAUCCUCCUACAAGGACGAGUUUCCAGACGAGCUGAAGAACCACGCAGCUUAUCUGGGUUACUCGGUGGGUUCACUCGUUUCGCCUCGCGGCUCUCAGCUCUACAUGGCCGGAGCUCCGAGGUUCAACCACACCGGGAAGGUUAUCGUCUUCUCCCUGAGGAACACCGGAAACCUGACCAUCCUGCAGGCGCUGCUGGGAGAGCAGAUCGGCUCGUAUUUCGGCAGCGAGUUGUUGUCGAUGGACGUAGACGGCGACGGACUAACGGAUGUCCUCUUAGUGGCAGCCCCCAUGUUUUACAGCGAGGGCUGGGAGAGAGGGAAGGUCUACAUCUACACCGUCACCCCUCAGACAUCCUUCAUCCUGCAGGGGGCGCUGGAGGUUUCUGACCGCUCUCAGAACUCCCGGCUGGGUUCUGCAUUGGCCCAGAUACCCGACAUGAACGGGGACGGGUUCAGGGAGCUGGUGGUGGGAGCACCGCUGGAGGAUGGCCACCAGGGUGCACUCUACGUCUUUUAUGGCCAGGACAAAACCAUCAAACACCAGUACAGACAGCGUGUGUCUGCAGCUGGCUUCUCUGCAGGUCUGCAGUAUUUCGGUCAAAGUGUUCACGGUGUUCUGGACGUCAACGGAGACGGUCUUGUGGACCUCGCUGUGGGAGCAAUGGGAGCUGCCGUCAUUGUCUGGUCUCGUGGCGUGGUGCGGAUUCAGGCCAAGCUGACCUUUGAGCCUGAGAAAAUAAACAUCUUUAACAAAGACUGUUGGCGAGGAGGGAAGGAGGUCACGUGCAUGUCUGUGACCGUCUGUCUGAGUCUGGACUCCAGGACUAAGACCAGGACAAGGACUAAUGUUGCGGUUUGGUACAGCCUGGUGUUGGAUGAGAGGCGUUUCCCCCCCCGAGCUGUUCUGGACGAGUCGGACCGACAGCAGCCCCGGAGUUUGUUUCUGCCGGUCGGAGGUCAACGCUGCCAACGCCUCGGCUUCUCCAUUCAGGAAACGACUGACUACGGGCGUCCCGUCGCGGUGUUUCUGGAGACAGGGUUGAGGAGUCCAGACGAGGGGCCGGUGUUGGACCCCGACUGGCCCAGCGUCCUGAAGGCCGAGCUUCCCUUCUGGAACGGUUGUGAGCAGGAAGACGCCUGCGUCCCCGACCUCGUCCUCCACAGCCACACCGACCUGAUGGAUGUUGAGCAGUUCUGCAGCUGGAGGGACGGAGCCGCCUGGUCACUCUGCAGCCGGCAGCGGCCAGCCAACGGCUCACUGCACGUGGUGGAGACCGGACGGAGGAGGCUGGCGGUGUCUGCUCGCCUGGAGAAUCGGGGAGAGAACGCCUAUGGUGCCGCCAUCCACAUCUCCACCUCCUCCAACCUGCUCUUUUCCAGCCUCAUAAUCAAGGACCAAUCAGAUAUUCAGAUUGAGUGCUACACCGAGGACAGACUGGCUAAUCAGAGGAGCUGUAACAUCAGCGCUCCCUUCAUGAAGUCCCUGUCUCAGGUGUCUUUCCGCCUCGAGUUUGAGUUCAGCCGCUCAGUCUUUUUGGAUCAUGUCCGGGUCACCAUGGCGACCAGCAGUGAGGGAGAGGAGGGUUACCCCGACGACAACAUCAACGACAUCUUCCUCCCUCUGAAGUACCAAACGGACCUCCUCUUCACCAGAGACCAGAACGCUCCUCGCUUUGAGAUCAGAGCAGACUCUUCCUCCUCCUCUUCCUCUUCGUCCUGGGACCAACCAGACAGCAGCUCUUCCUCCUUCAACCUCACUUACUACAUCCAGAACCUGGGCCUGUUCUCGGUGCAGGACGUCCUGUUCAGGGCUGACAUCUGGGCCGUGACCAGGCGGGGGAACCAGCUGCUGAACAUCACAGACUACAGCAUCGAGCAGGUCGCUGGGUCUCACUGCUCGCUGCCUCGGCCCAGAACAACCAAUCAGGUGACAGCUGAGGACCUGUCUCACCUGUCGCAGCUGAACCACAGUAACAGUGGGAGUGUGGAGCUCCAGUGCAGACUGAACCUGCCUCCGUCCAGGCAGCUGAAGCUGACGCUCAGAGGACGACUCCAGCUUCCCGCUCUGCUCGCUGUGAGCUUCAGGUCCCUGGAGUUACUGAGCGCUGCCUCCGUCCAGCUGCCGGCGUCCAGUCCCAUGUUCCUGCAGGAGGACACAGCUGUCAGACAGAUAAUCCUGGAGUUUAGGAAAGACGAGGACUACGUCGUCCCCUUCUGGAUAAUACUGGGCAGCUCACUGGGAGGCCUGCUGCUGCUCGCUUUACUGGUCCUGGCCCUGUGGAAGCUCGGCUUCUUCAACAGACGGAAAAGACAGGAAGAGGACGAGCAUCCUGUAGCCAAUGGGAAGGCAGCAGAGGAGCUUUAAUGUGAGGGCGACAACGAUGCUGCGUUCGUCCGGUCCUCGUCAACGUGUACAUUCACACAAACAUCAUCGUACGAGUUCUGCACCUGAGUGGUUUAACGGCAGCCUGUUGAUCAUGACAACGUGGAGCUUAUUACUGGUUUUACAGAGAAAAGGCUGCGAUUUUAUCAAUUACUGUGGUCUAACGUGUAACUUCCUGGUGCUGAAAUCAGAAAUUUCCGACUUUAUGAGUUGAUGAGGAUCACCUGAAUGCAUCAUGAGCCACUCAGGGACCCUGAUGCCCCAAUCAGCCAAUCAGCUGCGCCCCUGAACAUCAGUUAAUCAAAAAGGUCGA